UCUAGCACCGUCACUGUAUAACACAUUAUUGUACGCAUUGUCAUGCAUAGGCAUGACCUGCGAAAUUUGAUCAAACAUAGGUACAUAAACUUUUUUUCUUAGAUUCUUAUUUCAUAUUCAAAUUUCACAUAGAACGCGGUCUGUCGCGGCGGUAAAGAUGUAAUACGUAAUAUCGAAUUAUCUGUCACACAGAGGGCGUUCUGUCGCGGCGGUACAAUUUAGAUCGCAACGACAGGCGAUACCCUUGUACAAAAUUACAAAAUUCCGCGCGAGCAGCUUUCGAUUUGUUGUCAUUUAUUGUUUUUUUUUAUAUUCUGUUAUAUAGUAAUUAUAUUAUAUUUUUAAAAUGGCUGAAGAAACUGAAAUGCUCAUCGAGCAAGGCUCGAACGAUUCGUGUUUUGCGUCAGCCACACACACGUCUUGCCCCGUACGAGUGUGCUCCGGCGGAACCUUUGUGCAAAGGCAUCCUCCUGAAUACGUGUGGUGGACCUUGCGGGUUUCUCCAGUUUUCGAAGACAUCUGUUGGUCCUGGAAUCGUCGCACGUGCAUUGGACACGGUCGCGUGGGUGCAACCAACCAAACUCCAGGCCGAUUCAGGCGCGGACCCGAACGUAUAGUGACGUUCGGCGUCAUUCAUUAUUUUUUAAUCUUGCAUUGCGCACUACACUUAUUAUUAUUAUUAUUAUUGUUCUUAUUAUAAUUUGU